CAAUCUGCAAGUGCCUCCUUGUUCCUCUACAAAUAACCAGCACGAACACAAGUGGGUGUGUGCGGUGCCUAUAAAGUCAUCGUGGAAAGCUCGUCAUGGGAGGGUGCACCACUGGAUUCCUGCUGUCUGCUCGGCCGUGCUGCUGUGAUGGGGCUUCAGGCUGGGACACAUCGUCUCCACAGAGACCUUGUCCUUCUACCCAUCGUGGUGGGGAUGUUUCUCCUCUGCGCAAGCGCUGGCCCAACAACACCCGCUCCCAGCUCCCGGAAUGGGUUCCCUCCAGAUUGCAGCCGUCUCCGCAAGAACAGCCCCAGCGGGGUGUACGUCAUCCAACCAGCAAAGUCUCCCCCACGGGUGGUGUGGUGCGACAUGGACACUGAAGGCAAGGGCUGGACAGUUGUCCAGAGAAACUCUUAUGACACUGAGCUCAUGUGGAAGCAAUCUUGGACCACCUACAAGUACGGCUUUGGGAACGUGCAGAGCGAUUACUGGCUGGGCACCGAGUACCUGCAUCUCCUGACCCAGCAGGGCACCUACAAGGUCCGCUUCAUCGUGAGGAACAAAGCCAACGUCACUCAUUACGCUGAGUACGACAUUUUCAGGGUGGAGAGCGAGGCCAGCGGGUACCCGCUGCGUCUGGGCCGCUUUUCUGGUGAUGGGGAUGACUAUCUGACCAGCUACUACCCCAAGAAGGGGGGCAUACAUGACAACAUGAAGUUUAGCACGACUGACAAAGACCAGGACCAGUACAGCGGCAACUGUGCCAACAGCUAUGGGGGCUGGUGGUAUGACCGGUGCCAUAACGUCCUGCUCAAUGCCAAAAAACAAAUCCUUUGGCCAGGAUUCUGUGAUAAGGGCGACUGCUCAUCCUCCCUCAUCCUGGUCAAACCCACAGAUGUGUGCUGACCGUGCCACAGCUCGCAGCCUCCCAGGAGUUUGGGGCAAUGCCACCAUCCCCAGCUGAGUGCCCCGUUCCUAUGCAUGCCAGCAGUCCCUGCCUGUCCCGAUGCAUGUCCUGCGCUGCCCAAAGGUCCCACACCAUCCCCAGCUCAAGCACAGCAGCUCUGGGGCUCAGGAGCAGCUUCCCAGAGCCCCGGGCACGUGGGCAGCUUUGCCCAGUGCUGCGGUGCCGGUCGGCACUGGGACACAGGCCCUGGUUGGGGUGGAUACAUCCACUCCUGUCCUGGGGAGGAGGAGACAGUGUGAGUUCCCUUCCCUGUGCGAUCGGUGCAUCCCUGCUUUGCCUCAGCCAUGCUCCCUCCCUGAGCCCCACGCACCCCUCAACUCUGCAAUAAACCCUGGAGCCAGA